CGUCCAGUCUGAGGCGCUGGGGAAACCCGGCCGCCGCCAGUAUGUCGCUGCAGCAGGCCCCUCAGUCCCGGGUGUUCGUGGAACUGGUUCCCUGGGCCGACCGGGGCCGGGAGAACCACCUGGUCUCGGCCGCAGAGACGCUGCCCGGCCUCCGCCGCCCGCCGUCCUCGGCGGCGGCCCCCACUGCGCCCCGCGAGGUGCACGUCAGCGGCAGCACGGAGGUGUCUGCGUGCCCCGACCGGGCGCGGGUGGCCGUGCGGCUGAGCAGCACCAAGGCGGCGGCGGCCGAGGCCUGGCGGAGCGUGGGCCGCCGCCUGGACUACGUCACGCAGAGCCUGCGGCGGCAGGACGAGCAGACAGAAAAUGUAACUGUGAUGAAAGAUUUUAGAAGAGUGGAAAAUGCUUAUCACAUGGAAGCAGAGGAUAAGAAUCCUCAGUUUCUUUGGCCACUUCUUAUAAGAAACUAUCUGGCUAGCCAUUCCCUCCUAAAGCAUCCACAACUGCUGUGCCCUCCUUUGGCCGCAUUAGCCAAAGGACACCAUCUACUCCAUCUUCUGGAAUGUCGCUUCUGAUGACACACCAGAAGCCUGUGUCUCACUGUCCCUGUUGGUGAGCUGCCUUCGCGAUCAGUGCUGACAUCUACACGGGGGGCUCUGUCAGGAUGCUUCUAAGUCAUAUUUCUCCUGUCACACUUGGUUAUUGCAGUUUCAAAAUGAAGUAUGGGAGUCUGUAUUUCUCGCUGACCUGUAUUCCCAUCCUGUUAGAAUCUUGUUGAAUCUUGAUUUUAUUAAGCAUGUUUUACAUUUAGUCCUGCCAUCUUUAUGUCCCUUGCUGAUUUGGUCAUCACUGUGCCCCUCUGUGUAAUUAGUUAAAUAUUAAUAAAUAAAAUUAUUUUAAAAUUAAUGUUAAUUAAAAGUAAUGCAGUAAAAAUACUGAGUAGGAGUAAUCAAUUAUGAACCUAACUAAUAGUAUUGCCAUGAAUGAAGACUAUAUGUCAGCAUCCUAAGACUUGUCUAAA